AAAAGCAAUAAUAAUAAAAACAUCUAUUUAUCUAAUAAUAUAUGCAAAAAUACGGUAAUAAAAAGACUGUCUCAGAUGAGUACUACGCAUUUUUAUCACUUCUGUUUACUUGACUUGUGGUCUUCCCCCUUCCCAAGCCCAAACGAUACAUUGACUUUUCAUCCAGCUCUCUUCACUUUCCCCUCUGAAACAAUCCCGUUUUCUAAACCCAUUUCCAGAUAUCUGUGUUCAUAUCCAGCUUUGUUUUUCAAGGUAUUACAUGUUACGAGGACAUGUAAUAAGCCGAUGAAGAGGUUGCUGCUGAUGAUUUCGCUAAAUAUGGGGUAUUCUACUGGAGAGCUGGGGAUUGGACAAUUUACUGGUCGUAUUAGUUUGGUAUCAGCUCCAUUUCAUUUGACAUUUGGCUUUGGCCGUUUAUCUACACUUCUGGAUGAGAUAUGAAUAUGUUUUUGUCAUACAGAAUGAAGUUUUAAAAACCUUUUCGAUCUUGGAGUUGCCAAGUUGAUUUCUUUCUUUCUGCUACUUAAUUUUUGCAAUAAUGUUUUCUGUUUAUGAGUCCUUCAACUAUUUGUUAAGUUGUUUGCUGCCAGGAAAGGCAACUCUGGCUGGGUUCCUCUACUAUAGUAUACCACCCCCUAUAUAG